CAACAUGCAGGUGGUCGAAUUGCCGAAGCUAGAGAAAGAUCAAAAAUCAUAUGCGGGCAUUCCGGAGGCCGUGUUCGUGGACGAUGUGGAGCAGUACAUGGAAGACUCGGCCAACGGGGAGAGCGUCGAGAAGGUGCUCAAAAACUUUGACGAACAGCACAGCAAAUACCGGUUCAUGGAGUACAACAUGAUCUCCCGCAAACGGCGGCUGCGGCAGCAGAUCCCGGACCUGACCAAAAGUCUCGACAUGAUCCAGAUCCUGCGAGCACAGAAGGAAGACCAGGAAACACAGUUUCUGCUCAGCGAGCAGGUGUUCGUGAAAACCAACAUGCCACCGACCGAAACGGUCUGUCUGUGGCUGGGCGCCAACGUCAUGCUCGAAUACCCGCUCGAUGAAGCCGAGGAGUUGCUCCGCCAGAACAAGCAUGCGGCCGAAACCAAUCUGCUGUGCUUCGAGCACGAUCAGGACUUCUUGCGCGACCAAAUCACGACCAUCGAAGUGAACAUGGCACGGGUGCACAAUUACGACGUUAAAAAGCGGCAGGCACAGAAGGCAUCGGGCGAGGACAAGUCGUAA